CCGGGCCGCCGCCGCCCUCGCCGCCCCCUGCAUGCCCGGCGCCCGGGUCGCGGCCCAUCUGGACGCGCUGGGCCCCCUGGCCCCCUUCGUGCUGCCGCCGCUGCUGCCCUCUAUGUUCUACGUGGGCUUGUUCUUCGUCAAUGUGCUGAUCCUGUACUACGCCUUCCUCAUGGAGUACAUCGUCCUCAACGUGGGCCUCGUCUUCCUGCCCGAGGACAUGGACCAGGCACUCGUGGACCUCGGCGUGCUUUCGGAUCCCGGCUCGGGCCUCUACGACGCCGACUCAGAGCUGGACGUCUUCGAUGGAUACUUGGAGUAGGGCCCUGGCUGCCGUUUCCCCCGCCCACCACUACCCGCCACCCUCGGCCUGGACCAGCCGCCCAGAUCAUGCCGCCGCUGCUGUUUUGUGGCACCGUCUGGCCUGGCUGGGGAUGGGACCCCCCAAGGCAAGUUCCUCCCGGGCCUCCUCCGAGGCCUGUAAGUGCCCUGGCUGCUCGAGGUGAGGGCGGGUUGGGACGUU